AUGGCAUUUUACUCUAUUUUAGGGAAGUGCCAGAUGAGGUAUACAAAAGUCUGGAUGCAGUUGGUGAAGGCAGUUAAGUUGCAGAAGCUGAUAUUGGCUCAUAAUGAAAUUCAGUUGCUAAAGGAAGACAUAAGAAACUUACCGUUGUUGUCGGUGUUGAAUGUUAGCCAUAAUAAGCUUUCUCACCUUCCAACUGCUAUAGGAGAGCUUAAAUCACUUAAGGCAUUAGAUGUGUCUAAUAAUUUGCUGAAUGAGAUACCUGAAGAAGUUGGAUCCGCGACUGCUUUGAUAAAGUUUGAUUGUUCCGGCAACCAAAUUAAGGAUCUUCCUUGCUCUCUUGGAAACUGUCUAGAUUUAUCAGAUCUCAAGAUUUGGCUGUAUAGUGCAUCAAACAAUCGCCUCACCAGUUUGCCAGAAGAACUUAGCAAUUGUUCAAAAAUGUCAAAGUUAGAUGUAGAGGGAAAUAAGCUGACAACGCUAUCUGAGAAAUUGGUUGCAUCAUGGACUUUUCUCACUGAACUUAUUGCAGAAAUUGCAUCGAUUCCAUCAUCAAUAAAGGGCUGCUCUUUGUUAGCAGAAUCCAUCGACGACGACGAUUUCUCGGCUAGAUUAGAGCUAUGA